CCACGUAUCUGGGACAAACUGGGCGAUGGACCCGGCUGCCAGCCCCACUCUGGCCCCACGCACCGCCCGGUCUUCGAAUCAUCCUAAAUUAUAUCUCUUAAAAGAUCUAUCUAUCUUUUCUCUACUUUUUUGGCAUAAGACUUCUUAAGCAUUUUUAUUAUGAAUUUUUACCCACAGAAAAGUGGCUAAUACGUAAUGCUCAUUUUGAAGAAUUAGCGAACUUAAAAGUCACCACCACCCCAGUUUGACACUUAUUAUCAGCACCCCACCUUCCCAUUUACAACUUUCCUCCAAGGGUCUUGAAUGAUGGUAGUAAUAUCUUGCUUGCCCCUGUUGUUUUGCAUGCUAAGUAUACAUCCCUAUACAAUAUAGUCUUUUUAAAAAACUCUUUUAAAUAACUAUUUAUUACGUGGUGCUGAGGAUCGAACCCAGUGCCUAAUGUGCUAGGCAAGCGCUCUAGCACUAAACCACAACCCCCGCCCUACAAUAUAGUCUUGCUGUAAGUGAGACAUACAGUAUCUUUCUAUUGUGACUGCCUUUCUUUUGUAGACGUGAUUUUUAAGUGUAAUUUUACUGCAACAGUGAAGUGUUUGUCUUCUUUGCAGUGUGAUGUUCCACUGAGUGUCUAUACCACCAUUAUUUUUCUUCCUGCUGCUCAUGGGCACUGGAUUGUUUUCCAUUUUCAGCUAUUCUGAAUAAUCCUGCAGCAAAUAGUCUUAUUCAUUACCUGACACAGGAUAUAAACUAAGAAAUGGGAUCGUUGGCCCAAUGGGCAGAUCAGUCUUCUACUUUACUGGAUAAAUGGCUUUCCAAAGUGGUUAUACCAGUUUAUCCUUUCACUAGCCUUGGAGAAUUCUUCAUGUUUGCACUCUUCACCAAGCUGAUGGGCAUCUAAUGAAGUCAUCUUAAUGAAGCACCUGACCCCUCUCUGCAAGCUCUUGAGUCCCGCCAAGAUGAUAUUUUAAAACGUUUGUAUGAGUUGAAAGCUGCAGUCGAUGGUCUCUCCAAGAUGAUUCACACACCAGAUGCAGACAUGGAUGUGACAAACAUCAUGCAAGCUGAUGAGCCCACUACUUUAACAACCAAUGCAUUAGAUUUGAAUUCAGUGCUUGGAAAGGACUAUGGAGCACUGAAAGACAUCGUGAUCAACGCAAACCCUGCCUCCCCUCCUCUCUGCCUGCUCGUGCUGCAUAGGCUGCUCUGUGAGAGCUACAGGGUGCUAUCCACUGUGCACACACAUUCAUCAGUGAAAAGUGUGCCCGAGAACCUUCUCAAGUGCUUUGGGGAACAGACUAGGAAACAGCCCCGUCAUGAGUAUCAGCUGGGCUUCACUCUAAUUUGGAAGAAUGUGCCCAAGACUCAAAUGAAGUUCAGUGUCCAGACAAUGUGCCCCAUUGAAGGAGAAGGGAACAUUGCACGUUUCUUGUUCUCUCUGUUUGGCCAGAAGCAUAAUGCUAUCAACUCAACCCUCAUAGAUAGCUGGGUAGAUAUUGCUAUUUUUCAGCUAAAAGAGGGGAGCAGUAAAGAAAAAGCAGCUGUUUUCCGCUCCAUGAACUCUGCUCUGGGGAAGAGCCCGUGGCUGGUUGGGAACGAGCUCACCGUGGCAGAUGUUGUGCUGUGGUCUGUGCUCCAACAGACCGGAGGCUGCAGUGCGACGGCACCAGCCAACGUGCAGCGGUGGCUGAGAUCAUGUGAAAACCUGGCCCCCUUCAGUGCUGCGCUCAAGCUCCUUAAGUGAAUUUCAACAACUGGUUUUAAAGGGUUUUCAUUUUAAGAAUGGUGCUGCUUCAUGCCUAUUGUCAAUAAGGGGACUUGUACUAGAAUCAAAGUCUUUAUAUUAAGACAAUUUUCAAAUAUCAAUAAAAGCAUCACAUAACUUAA